GGGCUAGACUCUUGGAAGUGGGGCCCCCGUGCCCGGAGGCAGGGGACAGCUGUGGGGUAGUUUCAAGCUCCCAGAAGAGCCCAGUGUGUCACUAGGGUUGGCAGCCACAGCUGUAGGGGUCUUGCAGGCAGCAGAGAGCCAGAGGCAGGAGACUGAGCAUGGUUCUGUAUACCUUUAAUCUCAGCUGCUCUGGCAGCAAAAGUAGGAGCAUCAUCGGCCAAAGCCAGCAAAAGCAUAAGACCCUGUCUGAAAAACAAUCACAGAGCAAGUGAAUGGUGGGCAUGGCUCCGGUGGCAGAGGUCACCUGCAUAGGGAGCCUGAGGCCCUGAAUUCGAUCCCCAGUACCACACACAUAGAAAAGCAUGGGGUCCAAGAGGCAGAGUCUUCCACACAGCUGGAGCCUGCAGGGCUGGGGUUGGAGCUGCUGGCUGGUGACGUCAUCCAUCACCAGCAUCCACCGCUUGUCACAGAUGUCCAGCAGAGGCACAGACAGGUCCUUUCAACGGCAGCUCAGUUGGCUGUUUAAUAAUUAAAUGGUCCUCCAUCUAAACUUCUUGGCCACCAUCCAAAACUGACACUCGAAGAGGAUGACAGGGAAGUGGAGGCAGGUUCCAAAAAGCCCUCCCACAGGCAUCUCCCCGAAAGUCGGCCCACACUGCUCCCCAUAUGCCUCCUCACCCUCCAGGUGUUCACCUGGAGUCUUUGGGGAGACCUGUACAGAGCCCCACCCACCACACCCUGCUUUUUCCUUCAUUCGCAGCUGGAAUCUAAAGAUCUGUAUUUAUACAAAAGCAUAAAGCUCAGUGAGAACAGGUGCCCUGUCUGUCUGAUUCACUGCUGGCUCACCAGCACCAAGUUUCCCUGGCACAUAACAGGUGCUCAAGAAAUUGUGUUGGAUGAAUGAAUGAAGCACCUUCAGAGGCCAGGUUUACAGAGAGGAGAGAGCAUGGAAGCUUCUAGAAAGGACAAGCUAACAUUGAGGAGAAUUUGUUUCUCACUGUGUGGUCUCCAUGGCUUCUAGUUCCUAAAGUCUGGCUCUGCGCUGGGGCACCUGCGAGCUCCGAGUUGUGGCGGUCUGGCUGCUGGUCGUGUUCCUCCAGGGCUCACCUGUGCUUUGACCCCAAGAGUGCCUGCUCAGGGUUCUCAGGUCAUAUUCCAUAGUGCGGGAGGCAGGAAGCACCCAGGGCCAGUUCCACUUGGUCGAGCCUGGAGGUGUGGUGAGCAGGCCUCUGCUCUGCAGCACGAUGCCUCUGAGGGAGACGCAGUGCAGCCAGGCCAUGCAGGACCAGGCCCGGCAAUCCUGGCAGCUGGACUCCCACUCUCUCCUGACCGGAUGCUGCUCAUGUGCUGGGACCUGCCCCGUGGGCCUCCCCCUCCAGCUGUGUGGGGCAUGGGUGCCUCUCCCCUGUGCCCUGGGCCUCAAGGCAAAGGAGCUGUUUCUAAUGCUCGCCCUCCUUUUCCACAGCAUUCUGGCCUGUGGUGGCGCAGACCAAGCAGCCGGAUGGCAUGCUGGACCCAAGCCCAGAUCAGCAUCCAGGCCCAGUAACGGCAUUGCCGAGGGCACAGCUUUCUGUCCUGGACACUCUGAGGUGCAGAGCGUAAUGCCCAUGUUGUUCUACGCUCUGGUCACUGUGUUUCUGAUCGGCAUCCAGGCAGCGCCAUCCCCCGCCAGCAAUGUGCCAGCAGGAGAUGCCGCCCCCCGUGCGCACUGGGCCAAACUCCAGCACUCCUUUGACACCGCCCUUCGCAGAGCCCGCAGCGCCCCAGCGGCCCCGAUAGCGGCCCGGGUGUCAGGAGAGACGCACAACAUCUCUGUGGACCCCAGGUUGUUUAAGAAGAGGCGACUGAGGUCACCCCGCGUGCUGUUCAGCACCCAGCCCCCGCCCGUGUCUGGGGAUACCCAGGACCUGGACUUGCAGCUCUCCGAUGGCCCUGCCCUCAACAGGACUCAGAGGAGCAAGCGGUCCCCCAGCCACCCCGUCUUCCACAUGGGGGAGUUCUCGGUCUGCGACAGUGUCAGCGUGUGGGUCGGGGACAAGGCCACGGCCACGGACAUCAAGGGCAAAGAGGUGGCCGUGCUGAGCGAGGUAAACAUCAACAAUAGCGUCUUCAAACAGUACUUUUUUGAGACCAAAUGCCGGGAGCCCAGCCCCGCCGAGAGCGGGUGCCGUGGCAUCGAUGCCAAGCACUGGAACUCAUACUGCACCACCACCCACACCUUCGUCAAGGCCCUGACCACUGACGCCAAGCAGGCGGCCUGGCGCUUCAUCCGCAUCGACACAGCCUGCGUGUGCGUCCUCAGUCGGAAGGCCUCGCGUCGGGGCUGACCUCCCCUCCCCGCCCCCGGCCCCCUACCUCAGCCUGUAAAUUAUUUUAAAUUAUAAGGACUGCAUGGUAAUUUAUAGUUUAUACAGUUUUAAAAGAAAGCAUUAUUUAUUAAAUUUUGGAAGCAUUC